AUGAAAUUAGCUUCUCAUGGACUAUGAUGGCGCUUUUUUCGAUCGCCUCGUGGAUGCCUGGGGCGUCAGCCAACGAUUCCAAGAGCUGGCAGAAGGUUUGACGCCGCCCCCCGUGCAGCCCGGCGAUGUCCAAGAGGUGGAGAAGGCGAUCGAAGAGGUGGCUGCCACGGUGUGGAGUGGCUUCACUUUGGACCUCAUCGGAUCCACUCGGGUGGGUACUGCGAUCCGCAAAGCGCACGGCGAUCAGAGUGACCGUGAUUAUGUCUUGCAAACGCGAUCGAGAGUGACUGCGCAGGAAUGGAAGGAAUUUGCUCGAGCUCUGGCAAAGGAUCAGCGCUUUCGAGAGGUCUCCGAAGGGAAAAAGGCCAUGAAACUUCGUGACGCCAAGCUACAGUUGGAGUGGGAAGUUGUGCCUGCCCGCGGACACUUUAGCUUUGAGCUUGUAACGUUUCCCUCAGUGGAUGGUGCUACAAGCACAGAGGAAAGGAACAGGUCGAGGCUGGAAUACUUUGAGCGAUACCCUGGGGCGAAGAAUGCCGUCAAAGUCUUGAAGCGUUUGUGCCCGCAACUGAAAGGAAACAUGGUGGAGGCCCUGGCCUUCAGGCAAGGGAAAGACCUUUUGCGAAACGACUCGUCCUUUGCUGAAAAUGACGGUAGUGGCUUUUUCUUGUUCCAACAGCUAAUCACGCUCUUUGAUUCUUACCCUUGGGACCCAUAUCCAAAUUCGCCUUUGGCCAUCCUGCGCAGAGACGCGGCAAAAUAUGACAAGGAGGACAUCCAGGGUUCGCUGGACUCUGCAGCUCAAAUUGCUAAGCACUUACGUAAGAGAACCACUGAACAGCGGGAACAAGUCACGAAUUCGUGGCAAUUUAUGGCUUGUCUGAUGGGUCUUGGCGGCAUCAUGGUCGCAUUUGUAUUGACGCUACUUGUGCAUCGCGCCUUGUGGCUUGCAUUGCUUCCAAAAGCGUUCGAGGUCCAGGCGCUCCAACCUCAGAAGUACGUUUGUCCAGACAACUCCUGUUUGUGCAGUGACUUGAGAGAUAGCUCUUAUGUGUGUUUAAGUUGGGGCAAUUUUUCAAGCUUCGAUUGCGCACUUGCGGGUGUAUCACUCAACAGAUGUCGCAUCACCUUCCUUGCUGCAGCUGGAAAUCUGUGUGCGCAUUGCUGGAUUCUCCAGCGUGCAGUCAGGGUGGCAAGGCUCAGCAAGCAUGCCGAUGUCUUGGCAGCAUCACUGUGCGCGUGUAGCACUUCUGUUCUUGCAAUCCUUUUCCACUUGCGCUUUCUUGGCCUUGGAGACUACAUUGUGAUUUCCAGGCUUGCAGGAAACAUGCAGCACGCACUUUGCAUGGCGAUGUCUGCAGUGGUUCUAAUGUCUGUUUGGGAAGCAGAAGACAAAGACCCCAGGUUAACGCAAUUCCGGAGCUGCGGGUGUGUUUUUUUUUGGGCGUUCUUGCCAACAGUCCUGACAGUGGAGAUUGCCACCGCCAUGUGUAUGGUUUUCUGGCAAGGAGCUGACAAAACUGAAUUUAUCAGUCAAAACCAUGUGUUCUACACGCUCAGCCUUGUUUUUCAGUUGUUGUGUGCUUGGGGCACUUGGAGUUUUGCACGAAGCAUGUUGAAGGCCAAGGCCGGAAUGGCGUUGUGCGUGCAAAUCUGCUGGCUGCUUGUGGAUUUUUGGUACUGGGCAGGGCCUUCGCUUUGGCCAGUGCUGCAGCAAAAGUACAACUUGUUCAUGAUCCUCUCUUGCCGCAUUUUAUUGGCCCUGAAGCUGCUAGGUGUGUUGCACCUGGCGCAACGUGUUCACAGUAGGUUUGGCGCAUUGAAAGCCGAGUGAGUCCUCAGUGCGCAACUUUGUCGCAAACCAUUAAAUCAGAUGCAUAUUCUGCCCAAGUUUCUUUUGUGUAAACAGGAUUCCUCCAGCGAAUCUCGCAUGAGACAGCGGUCUUAUAUCUCAAAUGCCCUAUGUCGCUUGGAUUCUUUGAGAUGUUCUGUAUGAACCUGAUGUGCCCACACACACACACACACUCAACGAUUUGUGGGACUUUUUGUUCAAUGGAGGAGCAGGGCACCCUUCCCUAGCUUGUGCGUCCGAACUACUGCAGAUGUGGCGAUGACAUUCCCGUUCCCAUCAUGGGGAAGCGGACAAUCAGAGGUCUUUGAACUGCAGCUGUUGGAUAGAUGCGGAUUGGCAUCUUCGCAGAGUCGCCUGGGGGUCGUAGCAGAAUAUCUCCAAAUCACGCCGCGUAAGCUUGAUGGCUUGUGACAGCAUGUUUGGCAGGCUUCAUAAAGACAAGCUUGCACAUGAUGUAGCAGGCCCGAACUCGUUGUUGGAGUUCACCAUGAAUUCCGUAUCAUUUGCAUCGAUACCGGGGCUUUGAACGACUCGACCGCCAUGCGCCGGUCUGCUGGCCUGCGAGGCACGCUUUAGAUGCUCGCAGGCGCAAGCUGCGCUGUCAUGAGUAGGGCUGAUCUUGGGACGCUGCGUUCGCCGCUGAAGGAAAAGAUUAUGACUUCAGCAGAUAUCAAAGGUUGCAAGUCGAUAGUUGUUAUUUCUGUGUAGGGUGUCUGGCGCCAUCUAAGCAGUUUCACCUGACGCGGAA